AUGCCUGCACGCUCCUUACGAGAGAUCUCUCGUCAUAAUCUACAUACAUUUCGGCAUCAUUAUGUCUCUGAAAUCUCCGGAUCGCUGGGCGACCUGGGAACUUUCCUUCCGAUUGCCAUUGCUCUCGCUGUCAACAACACAGUCUCACUGGCGAGCACUUUGGUCUUUUCGGGUGUCUACAAUAUCUUGACGGGUUUAUUCUUUGGGAUUCCACUACCAGUCCAACCAAUGAAGGCUAUCGCAGCCGUUGCUAUCGCCCGUAGCUUUUCCCCUGGCUCAAUCACAGCGGCGGGGAUCUUUGUCGGAGGUUGCAUCCUCAUUUUCAGCGUAACGGGUCUCCUGCGCUGGUUCUCGAGCGUAAUUCCCAUUCCUGUCAUCAAGGGAAUCCAGGUCGGCGCCGGUCUAUCUCUAUGUAUCUCGGCAUGUGGAACUAUACUGUCCCCGCUUGGCUGGAUUAGCCCUUCUUGGGCUGACAAUCGGAUCUGGGCCAUCGCGGCAUUUAUCGCCCUUGUCACGACGAAUGUCUAUCGCAAAGUCCCAUACGCAUUGAUUGUUUUAAUAACCGGACUCAUCUUUGCGAUCAUUCUAACUGCCCUGGCGGGGUCCUUGCCCCAGUUCCAGAUCUGGCACCCCUGGGUGACCAUUCCAACCCCAAAUCAAUGGCGUGUCGGUUCUAUUGAUGCCGGCAUCGGGCAGAUUCCGCUCACUACGCUUAACUCGAUUGUUGCUGUCGUUCAUUUGGCCCAUGAUCUGUUCCAAACUAGUGUCCAGGCUCCGUCGAUCACGCAUAUCGGGCUCAGUGUUGCUGGCAUGAACCUGCUGGGCUGUUGGUUUGGCGCUAUGCCUGUUUGUCACGGAUCGGGUGGGCUCGCAGCGCAGUACCAUUUCGGUGCGCGUUCCGGUGCGAGUGUUAUUUUUCUCGGAGUACUGAAACUUUUCAUCGGGCUUCUCUUCGGGGAAACUCUUGUUGAUUUGCUCAAGCGAUUUCCCGCCGCGUUCCUUGGCGUGAUGGUGGUUGCAGCUGGUCUAGAAUUGGCAAUGGUCGGCGAGAGCCUCAACACCUCUGGUGCCCGAGACCUCGGCCAGGCCAGAGGUGGUGUUCUAGGCCUCGCUGAGCAGCACCUCGGCCCUGUGCUAACAGAUGAUGAACGUAAGCGACGUUGGACGGUCAUGAUAGUGACUAUCGGCGUACUUGUUGGCUUCAAGAAUGACGCCGUCGGUUUUAUUGCCGGUUUGUUAACCCACUGGGCAUAUGAUAUUCCAAAGUGGUGGGAUAAAGGCCGGGCCUAUUGGUCUGAGGGACGGCUCCAGUUGUAA